UAUGUUACAAUGUGGUAGAUUAGAAAAGCCAAUAGAGAAAGUGGUAGUUUUAGAAAGAAUCUUUCAAAAUGUGGUAUAGAGGAUAAUUUUUUCUAUAUUUUUGUUGGGUCAAAGAUUUAAGAUUGGUUAAAUAUCUAUUUACUAACUUAUUAAGAAAACUAAAGAGGGUAAAAACUUGAAUAUAAUUAGGAAUUGUACACAAAGAAUUUAUGGCUAUCAAAUUUUUAUAUAUAAAUAGAUCAUUUCAUAAUCAAUUAGUUUACAUCAAAUCAAAUCUUAGAAAUAUACAAUAUUGGUUUGUUAAAAUGGGUUCCUCCAAAUUGAUGGUUACAUGCAUUGUUGUUGCUAUUCUGGCCAUUUCAUGUGACAUUCUCUCUGUUGAAAUGGGAAUUAGCGUACAAGCUUUACCUCCGACUUGUGGACCAGAUUGUACUGGAACAUUCUUGAAACAAGACUGCUAUAAAUAUUGUGCAGGUUUAUCUUAUAAACAUGGUGUUUGCAUUCUAUUCAAAGGACUUCCUCCAAGAACUUCUACAUAUCGUUGUUGUUGUGGGUAAAUGAAAUAUAUAAUUCUUCAUGCUCUUUGGUCAUGUAUGUUUAUGUUUUUUUCCUUUAACAAUAAUAUAAUAAAGAGUUUUAUUUUUUCAA